AGUGGUUUACACUUUACAGUACUUGACUGUUGACUGAGCUCUACCACUGCUGUGACUUGUGAGGUGGUGUAGGAAUUGAAAAGGGAGGGAAAUCAAAACGUCCAUUCCGUUAAAAACCCUAAAAUUCAUUAAAUUCCAUUUUUGAAAAAUAUUGAACAACAUAAACCCUGCUAUUGCAAAAUGGUGUGAAUCAGAAUCACUAAGCUAGCUCGUUCAUUUCGUGCACUGAUUCAACUAUCCAAAGUUACUUUCUUUUGCUAUUUGGGCAUAAAGGGGUGCUAGCCAACUUCCAAGUCUGAACCCUCGCUCAGAGACAGAUAGCUUCUUCCAUGGCGAGGAUGCUUCGCAACGCUUCCAUCAUCAAGCGCACUCUGUUCCUCCCUCAGGGGUUUAAACUAGGAGUAUUGGGCACUUCUCAGGCUCUAAGCUUUUCGUCUAAAGGUAGAAGGCGCUCUAAAUCUGAUGGAAGUAGUGACUCUGGUGAAGAGAGCAUGUCUAAGAAAGAGUUGGCCCUUCAGCAAGCUCUAGAUCAGAUCACUUCUUCAUUUGGAAAGGGAUCUAUCAUGUGGCUUGGCCGCUCUGUCUCACCAAGACAUGUACCUGUAGUCUCAAGUGGUUCUUUUGCUCUUGAUAUAGCACUGGGAAUUGGUGGACUUCCAAAGGGACGUGUUGUGGAAAUAUAUGGUCCAGAGGCUUCGGGGAAAACAACUCUUGCUUUACAUGUGAUUUCAGAGGCACAGAAGCAAGGAGGCUACUGUGUAUUUGUUGAUGCUGAGCAUGCUCUUGAUAAGGCACUUGCAGAAUCCAUUGGUGUGAAUACUGAGAACUUGUUGCUUUCACAACCAGAUUGUGGUGAACAAGCACUUAGUCUUGUGGAUACCUUAAUCCGUAGUGGUUCAGUUGACGUAAUUGUUGUUGACAGUGUGGCUGCUCUUGUUCCUAAAGGGGAGCUUGAUGGUGAAAUGGGGGAUGCACACAUGGCAAUGCAGGCUAGGUUGAUGAGCCAGGCCCUUCGGAAAUUAAGCCACUCCUUGUCAGUUUCUCAAUGUAUAUUGAUUUUUAUAAACCAGGUAAGGUCAAAGCUUUCUACUUUUGGUGGAUUCGGUGGGCCCCAGGAAGUUACUUGUGGUGGCAAUGCAUUGAAAUUCUAUGCAUCUGUGCGGCUAAAUAUUAGAAGAAUAGGAUUUGUGAAGAAAGGGGAAGAGAUUUUGGGAAGCCAGGUACUUGUCAAGGUUGUAAAGAACAAGCUUGCCCCUCCAUUUAAAACUGCUGAGUUUGAGCUUCAAUUUGGCAAGGGUAUAAAUAGAGAAUGUGAGAUCAUAGACUUGAGUGUAAAACACAAAAUCAUCCUAAAGGCCGGUGCUAUGUAUUACUUCAAUGAUAAGAAUUUCCGUGGUAGGGAUGCUUUUAAGAGUUUCCUGGCCGAGAAUCAUAGUGCAUUUGAAGAACUUCAAAUGAAACUCAGGGAGAAGCUUCUUGAUGAUACUGAGGUGGAAAAGGUACAAGAUUCAGAUGUGACUAGUGAUGUCAAAGAAGAAAUUACAACAACACUCGAGUCUACCGAUGAAGAAUCCUCAGCUGCUGUCGAAGCUUGAUCUUAUGAAUUAUGGCGCACUCGAGCAACCAUGUCGACCAAUGUGAUUUAUGUAUGAUGUAGCUUGAUGAAUCGGAAGCAAAAAAGGGUCAACUCAAAUCAACAAGGCUCAUAAAAAUGGUGUAUAUGCCUAAAAUCCUUGUUGGUUGGUUUGGGAUCACAUCAUUCUUACUUGGGGUCAAACAUUGUAAGUUUUGCACAUUUCCCUUGUAAAUUGAACCUUUUUGGGGUAGUUGUCAUACUAUAUAGGCUGAGUCAUAUGGCACAUGUAAGUAACAAAGGGAAAGGAAUGACCAGUUAGGAAGCAAUGGGAAUGGCUUCAUUUCUCAAUAGUUGAGUCAUCACUAAUCACUUGUAAGGAUUUUACCAUGCAAUUUGUAUAAUGGUAGGUGUGUAUUUCAUCAGCA